GCCAUCUUGGCCACUAUUGAUGACAUCACAUCCGUCGCGUUUCCGUGACGCCACUUCCGUUUCCGGCGCGCCUGUAACGGAGCGAGGAAAUACCUGAGGAAGCCAUGAUCGAGGUCGUGUGCAACGACCGCCUGGGCAAGAAGGUUCGGGUCAAAUGCAACCCCGAGGACUCGAUCCGGGACCUGAAGAAGUUGAUCGCAGCCCAGACCGGAACCCGCUGGGACAAGAUCGUGCUCAAAAAAUGGUACACCAUCUUCAAGGACCACGUGACGCUGGGGGACUAUGAGAUCCACGAUGGGAUGAACCUGGAGCUCUACUACCAAUAGCUCCCAGUGCUCCCAGUCCAUCCCAUUCAUCCCAGUCCAUCCCAGUCCAUCCCAGUUCAUCCCAGUGUCCCUCACGCCCAUUUUUACCCCAUUGGAGCCGCGUUGAGGCUCCGGACCCGCCCCGUUUGUUUAUAAAUAAAAGCGAUUUUGGGGCCUC